AUGGAGGAUGAGGUGCCUGUGCAUUCUGGCUCAGACACCGCCGCCUGGAAUCCCACAAAACGUCGGCGGGUGGAGCAGGAUCCCGGCACAGGAAGCAUGCGGAAGCAGUCGCAGUGCAAGGAGCUCCGUGCCCACACCCGCCGCAGGCCCCGCAACCAGCCCAGGACCUUCCUGGGUGGCCGGGCGGGCAGAGUUUCUGUUGGGCAGGGGGAAGUGGCUGACAGCUCCCACCCCCCUGGCCCUCUGGGAGCCUCCCUUGGAGGUCGGGAACUCAGAGCUUUUCUCCCGCAGCAGGGGCGGCAUUUGCCCGGCACGCACAUGAUCGUGGUGGUCCUGGACCCAGGGACAGACCUCCAGCUGCGCCUGGGACGCGAGGUCCUGGUCCUGGCCCCGCAGGCAGCCCUGCAGCUCACCCUGCGCAACCUGGUCCUCGUCGUCGUUCCGGCGCACGUCCUGAGGGCCCGCGAGCCGCUCUGGUUCCCCGCCCACGCCCGGUGGCUCCGGCCCCUGGGAACCGAAACCUCGUGGGAAGUCGACAUUGAAGACGGAUCUCUCUCCGCCCGGAGAGCAGAGCACCACGGCGUCCGACCUGCAGAAGAGGAGCGGGAGGCUCCCCGAGGAGGCCGCCGGUCCCCAAAGGGAGCCUCAGCCACCCACGUCCCGGGGUCCAGCCCCUCCUCCCUGCGCUGGACCUCCGCGGUCUGGGGCCCCGGGUCGGCUCUGCGCUCAGACCUCUGCCUCCCUCCCCGAGUCCAGGGCCGGCGCCCAGAACCUGCCGCGUGGCCCUUCGCAGGCCACCCGCCAAGGCCCGCAGACGUCUCUUCUGACGUGAUCGUCCCGGACCGCCCACGCCCCAGUCAAGAAUUGGCACACGCCAUUCAGGAACGGCGGGCGGGGGCGGGCACCUGCUCCUUCUAG